GUGCCAGGCUCCUCAAUUGUGCCCGAUGACAAAAACAAAAAACAUGCUUGGCGGAUGUCACAAGAUGCCUAUCGAUUCCUCCUUGCCUACUUCGUGUUGUUAGCUGCGAACUGGCGGGUGACAUCCUUGGAUGCAUUAGACGCGAACAAGCUCUGCCGUGAGCAUGUGGCCUCUUUGCUCCCGCGACAUUUGUUGACAUUCUUGGGCAUGAGGACACUCAUGCAUCCGGAAGGUCAUAAGCUUCGCGACGUGGCCAAAGAAAUCGCGCUGGCGGAUGAUAUCCAGAGGCCUGAAGACGCUUUUGUAUGUUGCAGAUGUGGAUGCAAGAAGGCAGCCGUAGAAGCUACAGCGCACGAUGCUGGUCAGUUCUUUGAAUGCGUCAGUGUCAUGGAUGCACUACGCGCAGCGAAGGAAGUUCUCGACAUGACAGUUGCACGCACAGGAUGUUUCUAUGUUUGUGUUUUUCGUAGAAAAAAGAAAGCCGGCUUCCUUUCAACCCAUAACUUCCCCUUCUUGGCCAGAAAGAUGCGAUGCUUCAACUUCCAGGGAAUUUUUCUAGUUUUUGCAGCCGCCAUCUCAGUGACAUUCGUUUCAGUGGGAUCACGUGUGAUUCAGCUUUCCACCCUCUCCAUCGGCGGCAUCAUGUCCAUGAUUGCCUCUGCUGUGGCGCUGUGCCUGAAUGAACACAAGUGGCUACAAGACAGCAGUGUGCAGAGUACGCAUAACUUUGAAGGUUCAAUACCAUGGGAGCAACAAGUAGCUGCUUUACGAUACGUGGACGACCUACUUCAAAUCAGUGCCAUGUAUUGCGCAAGCUGCCUGGCAAUUGUCCCGAGCCUUGUGUACGAUGUUCCCUUCAAAUUGGCGAGCCGUGGCACUACUGUAACAUGGAUUGACCUGCAAAUUGACGUAGAACAUGAGAUUAUUGGCAUGGUCCAAAAGCAUGCAAACAUCAAGCCCCCGUGGGCCGCCCCACGCGGGCCCGAGUUCACCUACAUUCCUGACGCAGCUAGUGCCGCCAUGCUGCCGCGCCUCAUGAGAAUAGGGCUGCCAUGGGGAUGGUUGCUAAACAUGGCACUGGCUACAAACAGGUUUGGCCGAAAUGGUGAGCGUUUUGGUGCGGCCAAGCCAGGGACCUCAGGCAGAAGAGGAGAGGAUCGUUCUCGCUAUAGAGAGCCAGUGCAACGUGUUGUGCUGGAUAUCCGAACCAACGAAACUUCAGACCGCUCCCGCAAGAGGAGCCGGAGAAGGAAGAAUCGUUCCUCUUCAUCUGAAUCCAGCUCCUCACGGGACAGGGCCAAGAAAGACAAGCAAGAGAUUGCCCGGUUGAAGGACCUGGUGGCAAAGAUGGAAGCGGCGGAACAGAAACGGGAGGCCGACUCAAAACAAGCUGACACUGAAGCUGCUAGAAGACGGGAGAUGGAAGACUUCAAAGCCUCAGUGAUGGCCUUGCUGCCAAAACAGCCCGUGCCAUCAGUGCAAGGGGCAGCCCCAGGCACGGCAAUGACUACAUCACCCUUCACAGCUGAUGGUGCUCAGCGAGCGAGCUAUUUCAUACACGAAGUAGCAGAUCUAUCAGGUAGCGCGUCGUGGGAUGAUGUAGAGUGCAAACUGAAGACGGCAUCAAACACCAAGCUCAAAGAGAUGCUCCAGCGAAAGGGCAUCGACGAUGUUCCUUCUUCAAAGCCUGCAGUCGUCAAAGCUGUGAUGCGCAUCCUGAAAGCCGAGUACGCAUCAUCUCAGUGA